AUUGCAGGCUUUUUUUUUUUACAAUAUAGAAUGGAAAAUAUCACUAUACUCCUUUUUCCGUUUGCUCGGUUGAUCCCGAGUUGGUGCACUUGCAUAACUCGUUUGAAAGGGGUAGCUUGGUAGAUCCCUCUACUUUGCCAAUUCCGUCCGAAUUUCCCUGAAGAAAUAGCAUCCAACCUCUCGUCACAUUAUAUUGCCCAUGCCCUCUCAUUCGUCAUCUAUUGAUGCAUCAUCGUCCGUCAGUUCAUCCCUAUCAAUAUCAACUCCGCUAUCAAAAGCCUCCGCUGCCUAGGUCAAGCUCUAUCACGUGAUCGUCCUCUUAAGAAUAAAACCUGAAGAAAAUCUCAACUUUACUUUUCCGUUCUUUCUAGAGCUUUCUAUAAAACAACAUCCACUUGGAAGAAAAAUAAAAGGAGAAGAAGAGACAGCUUUCUAGCUCCUCCAACGUAGUGAUAAUCUCGCUCCUGUUCUCUCUCCCUCUCUUGAUUUCUCGAGCUGGCUGACCACUAUAACAUCGUGCAGUGACUGCGGCUCUUUGGGCUAUUCGUUCGAUAUAGAAGAACUUUUAAAAGAGAACUAGCAUCUGGAGACGUACACUUCUCUCGGACUAACGCUCUUUACAGUUUCAAUAAGCCUUUCAAAAUGGUCCUCCACAACCCGAAUAACUGGCACUGGGUGAAUAAGGAUGUCUCUAGCUGGGCCAAAACCUAUCUAGAGGAAAACUUGGUUGGAAUCUCCGCUGAGGAGAAUGGAGUGACUGCUAAAAUAAAUAAAUUGGUCAGCAUGGAUGGCGACGUGGACGUCAGCCAGCGGAAAGGAAAAGUCAUAACCCUCUUCGAUGUCAAAUUACAGCUUGACUAUGAAGGAACCACGAGUGAAAAUGAGGAUGUCACUGGUUCGAUUAAAAUCCCCGAGGUCGCCCAUGACACCGAGGAAGAUGAGUUCGUAUUUGAUACGAGCAUAUAUUCCGAGACCGCGAAGAAACAGCCCGUCAAGGAUCUGGUUCGCGCGAAGAUAGUGCCCCAGCUGCGCGCUGCACUUGUCAAGCUUGGUCCUGCUCUGAUCAAUGAGCACGGAAAGGACAUUCAGCAUGCUCCUGGCUCCAAUCCCUCCAGCGGCUUCGCUACUCCCGCGACUCUUAAAUCUUCCACUCCCCAGCCAUCAAAGGCCGCUGUUACCGCGACGACCACGACGACCACUACCACCACUGGAAAAUCAGCCGUCAACACGGUCUCCGUGAACGCCUCCGACGAGUUCCGUACUACUGCCGAGCAGCUUUACACCACCUUUACCAACCCUGAUCGCCUUGCUGCCUUCACUCGUGGAGCUCCUCGUCGGUUUGACGGUGCUAAAGUUGGUGGACAAUUUAGCAUAUUUGACGGAAACGUGGACGGUGAAUAUGUUAAACUUGAGGAACCCAGUCUUAUCGUCCAGAAAUGGCGACUGGCCCAGUGGCCUGCUGGUCACUACAGUACCCAAGAGAUCAAAUUUGUUCAGAACGAUGUUGACGGAGUCACUGUUUUGAACGUGAGGUGGGAUGGUGUCCCCGUCGGACAGGAAGAUGUCGUUAAGCAUAACUGGGAUGGAUAUUAUGUCCGCAGCAUCAAACAGACUUUUGGGUAAGUCACUUCCUUUGCAUGGUAUCAUGGGGGAAUAUAAUACUGAUUGGCUACCAGGUUCGGCACAAUCCUAUGAUGGAUGACCUGUUGUGCUUAAUUGAUAGUCGUAUAGUUGUCACGUUGCCCAUGAGUUUGAUGCUAGAAAUACAUGCAUAGAGACACAGUCUCCGGUUUCUCCAGUUCUUUUAGUGAUAAGCUUAGCAUUGGCCCACCGGGUCAUCUCCAAAUAAACAAGCAUAUAUUUAGCCUGCCGUUAACCGAAAUUUCUGUAGAGUAAAAUCAACUAGGACACCGGUCAAAUAGUUACCCAUCCCCAUAUAUGUCAAAGCCAAAUAUGCAUGCCCUUAAUAUUAUAACCCAUGUAUCAACCGAAUACUCUCAGCAUAAAAACGUCCUUUGCAUUGCAGGCCCAAGCCCUAACCCUGGCUUCGGCAUGUGAAUGCUCAGCAGAAUCUCCAGAUUAGUUUAUGCGUGAAUGUUGCACUGCAUGAACUGACCCCAUGGAUUCAACCUUGUUUUCGUCUCUUCCUUGGAUGUCUCUGAUGCAGCGAUAGUGGCGACUGGCCCGGUGGCAUGCGCUCUACUCCCGCUCUCGUGAUGGACAUUGCUGUUGUUGUCGAUAAUAAUACAAUAAUACCCAGGACAGGCUGAUCC